AUGGGUCCCAUUCCGACAUUCCUUGGGAAACUUACGGAACUUUUCCUUUCUGGAAAUGACUUGAGCGGUUCAAUUCCAGAAUCCAUCGGAAGAUUAGCUGCUUUAACAGCUUUGUCUCUAUACGGCAAUAAGUUAAGCGGGACUAUUCCCGAUUCAAUUGGACAACUCUCUAAACUCCAGUUUCUUGAUGUCUCUUCAAAUCGGUUAAUUGGGAGUAUUCCGGUUUCAAUUGGGCAACUCUCUAAACUCAGUUCUCUUGAUGUCUCUUAUAAUUCUUUGGAAGGAGAAAUUUAUGAAUCCCAUUUCGCUAAUCUCUCGAUGUUGAAGGAGUUCAAUGUAGCUUCUAACAUUAAAAUGACUUUGAAUUUUUCACGUGAGUGGCUUCCUCCAUUCCAGUUGAGAGAUAUUGAUCUCAGUUCUUGCAAGAUUGGAAACGGAUUUCCUCAGUGGCUUCAAAAUCAGAGGAAACUUCAUAGAUUAGUUUUAUCUAAUACAGCCAUUUCAGGACCUCUGCCCACAUGGUUGCGAAAGAUGCCCAUCAUUCCUUUCAUGGAUCUCUCCCACAACAACCUAAGCGGACCUUUAACCAACCUUCCUAAUGGGGUUGCCAAUGUGGAUGAUGAGGAUUUUUUUGAACAAGUGUUAUAUCUUCAAAAUAACACUUUCAAUGAGUCGAUUCCAAGGUCCUUGUGCAAGAGGACAGAUUUAGUUUAUCUUGAUCUUUCCAAAAAUAGGUUAACUGGAGAAAUUCCCAAAUGUUUCAAGAAUCUGCAAAACCUGGCGUUCCUGAGAUUAAGCUCAAAUGGGUUAAGUGGCAUCAUUCCAAGUUUUAUAGGGCACUUUUCAAAAUUAGGAUCGCUAAACUUGAAUGAUAAUAACUUUAGUGGUGAGCUUCCUGCAGAACUUUGGAAUUUAAGUGAGUUAUGUGUCUUAGAUUUGGGUGAUAAUGCAUUCUGCGGAAAUAUACCAGAAUGGAUUGGAGAAAAAAUUAAAUCAUUGCGGGUAUUCAGGUUACACAAGAAUAACUUCACUGGAGGAAUUCCUCGAUCUCUGUGCACAAAUAUAGAUCUUCAAAUUUUGGAUGUUGCACACAACAGCUUAACAGGAACAAUCCCUCAUUGUCUAGGAGAAUUGCAAGGUAUGCGUGACGGUCAUUACUACGGUAUUGGUUUUAGUGAGAGUACUGAGGAGGGGCUGGUUCAGGUUAUGAAAGGCAGUUCUCUUGAAUAUACGAAUACAUGGUAUUAUGUCAAUAACAUAGACCUUUCAAGCAAUAAAUUCGUUGGAGAGAUACCUGUAGAAUUAACUACACUUUCUGAAUUGGUGGGUCUCAAUUUGGCCAAUAAUCAUCUUAGUGGAGGCAUUCCAGAGGACAUUGGAAACAUGAAAGCAUUAAAUUCUCUUGAUUUAUCAGGAAACGAGUUGGGCGGUAUGAUCCCACCAAGCAUUGCAGCUUUGACUUUUUUGAGCUACUUGAAUUUGUCAAACAACAACUUGUCAGGUCAAAUUCCAACAGGAAAUCAGUUGCAGACCCUCAUUGAUCCAUCAAUAUAUACGGGGAACAAAGAUCUAUGUGGCCCUCCGUUGCCAAAGAAUUGCUCCAAUCCGGAUGACCCAACCAUAACUCCCAAUAAAAAGUAUGAAGCAGCUCAUGAGCCCAACAAGGUAUGGUUUUAUGUGGACAUAAUAUGUGGUUAUGCAACAGGAUUUUGGGGUGUUAUUGUUGUUUUGAUGUUAAAGAAGCAGUGGAGACAUAAGCUUUUCAUGUUUGCUGAGGAGUACGUGGACAAGAUACACGUUGCAAUCAUGGUCAGAGUUAACAAGAUGAGGAUAGGAAGAGGAGCCAUAUAG